AUGCAUAAGAAGAGGCCUGGUCGUCCUCUUCUCUUUGAGCGAUUAGAAAGAUCUCAGCAUCGAAUGAUGACGCCAAAUGCAGGACAAUACAUUGCCUGGAGGCUAUGGCCUCAGUGCAAUCGCACCAUAACAACCAGUAUCGUGCGCAGCAGACAACUUGAUGAUAUCAAAAUAGUCGUAAUCGGUGCGCAGUCCAUUAAGCACAGUCUCCCGGCCGUUGCAGAACUGUAUACAAAACUCACUGACUCGUCCGAUGAGCCGUACGAGGCCAACACGGUCUCUGUGGCAGUGUCAGGGCAGGGGUCGAUUCCCCGACUGAUAGAUGUCUUGAACACCACCCGCCUUUUCCUCCCCAGUGGCACGAAUCGCGUAGUAUACAGAGACCCUUUCAGUGAAGGCGAGAUUUUUGUCGAGUUUGUCCCAACACCCGAGCUUUUGUAUUUACCAGCCUCUGCCACAAGAGUCGCCGACUUAGGAAACACCGCAUACAGUAUCCCAUGCUCAUCUUUAGUGGAUGCGCUGAUCGAUUAUUUCUGGCGCUCUUCCGACUGGUCGGCAACUACAGAAUCAGAUGAUUUUCCGUAUCGUCUGGUGGAGAGGAUCCCAAACUUUUCCAAUAACAUCCCCCUGGAAUUGGCGACGGAGUUUGAGAUGAUGGAGAAGGAAAUUCGAUAUCAGGUAUUAGCUAUUGAUAUGGGCUGA